AAGAUGCCCAAGUCCAAAUUAAUAUAUUUGGCAGGGAAAUUGUUGAAAGGCUAUUUGAAAAAUUAGAGCUGUGCUUCUUGACACAGCUGCACAUAACUGAUAGUAAAGAAACUCUACCAAGCAAGCGAGAAACUGCUACUGGAAGGAAAUAUGGUUCCUUAAGCACAAACAACCUUAACAAUGUACCAAUCUAUAACAUGAAGUUGAAAGACAAAAUUGCAAGGGGUUCUGGCAAUCGAAUUGCUCAAAAUAUCAUCGAAGAAGUUCUGCACAUUUUGGAGUCCUUCGUAGACCUGCAAUUUAAACAUGUCUCCACCUGUGCUUUUUCUGAUAUUGUAAAAAUCCCUAUCAAAAACUUUUCCCCUUCCCAGCAGAAACCAUUAAUGAAAACAAUAUUGCCAAAAUUACAGCCACUGAAUAAGCUUCCUGAUGAAUCUAAAUCAAGUAGUAUGAUUUCCCAGGAAAACAUACAGAAUACCCUUCGACAGCUUCAUUCAUUCCAUUCAGAAUUGCUUACCUAUACUGCCAAUACCGUCAAUGACAUGCUUGGUAUAAUUAAGAACAAGCUAGACAGAGAAAUACACCAAGUGGAACCAUCUUCGGUUAGCGUAUUUGAAGAAAACACAGUAGCAAGUGAGAUUGUCAGCACAUUAAUGGGCCAAUGUACCCGUUUCUGUGAGUCACUGAUCAAAAACCACGCAAAAGAAAAUCUCAUUGAAGGAACUGAAAACGCCUACUCUGUUAAUUGGGCUGAAUUAGCAUCGGGAAUGGCAAUGACCACUUCAAAGUUAAAGGGAGCUAGCUGUGGGGAUGAUCUACAAAUCCAAGUUCCUAGCUUGCUGUUUUAUUCAGAGGAAAGUGUGAAACAAAAGGACAGGGCUUCCUCAAAUCUACCUCAGGUGCCCCUGAGGUACUCUGCAGGCGAUACCAGUAACACCUCAGAGCCAAUGGGAAGACUCGAAUCAGAACUUAAUCCAUCUUGUUCUAGAGACAAAAUCCAAGACCUCAGCCAUUUUGAUCAAGCCAUGAAAGGAAACAGUUUUCUGCCUGAAGACAGCAUCUUGCAAAAACCACCAAAGAAAUCCAAUGACUCUACCGAAGCAGUGCUGACACAGGACAUGUCCUUCGAAGUGCAGGAAGGUAAAAAUCAAAGAGUGCAUCACCGUGAGCACCCUAGACCAGCUGUUCAGGAGCUGGGACCGAAUGAAAUCCAUCUAAUAGCAAGAUACGUUACUACAUCUGUGGUCGCACACUUCAAGAACUUCAAAACCAGAGGUGAGUGAGAAAUAACUUACUUGUGAAGAGUUGGCAUAAUUUUAGAAAAACAAAGUCAAUGGUAAUUUUAAGAGUUUUGUUUUUACCCUUACAUCCAAGAAGCUACAUUCACUGCUUCUCUGAAAAUAGUCUUGGAUUCAGGGUGACUGUUUAUCUGCUUACGUGUUUUUCAACUGGUCAGUAUGCUAAAGGAAAAAAUGUUAGGCGUUUGCAUAAUUUUUAUUUGGAGGGGUGUUGCUCAGUUUUCCUUAUCUACAGAUGAGAUUAAAUAGGUGUAAUUUAAAGCUAGAGGUUUGGGUUGAGCAUGAGAUAUGACUAUGAAAUGCUGAGAACAGUUUUCUUGUGUGGUACAUGCAUUGCUCCAAAGGCAAUUCCCAAAAAGCAGUUCCAAAGAGGUUUAAAUUCUUGACAAAAGACGUCUUACAUUACAGUCACAACUCAUGCCUAGUUAAUUGACAGCAGAGUAAUGAUCCAACUUCUUUUUGAGAUAUACAGUCAAAGUAUUUGCCAUUAUUAUGGACAGAGUUUAUAAGAACAGUACCAUUAAACUUUUGGUUCUGUUCAUAUUCCAGUGUUCUAACUUAAAUUCUUUUUAGGUAUAAUACUCCAAACCCAUGCUUGCAAGGAUGAUAUUUGCACUCCUUUUCUUUGAAUGCUUGCAUGCAUGUAUUGGGUUGAACUAUUUGAAAUAGCCAUUUUUGUAUGUCAAAGCUAUUGAACACCAGCAGUUUCAUUUGGUUCAAUCUAAUAUAGACUGUAAAGCCCCAAACUGGAUAAUUAGCUCAACAGCCAAAACAUUUUUCAAGAAUUUACAUGAGGUCGCUGGAGUCACACUAGGGUAUUGCAACACUAAAGCUAGAAAUAGUUUCUCUGCCCCAGAAUUUCUAGCUUUUUAGAGCAACAUAGCUCUCCAAGGAAGAAAGCAGCACCUGACUUAGAGAUUUGGAUUCUGCUGGCCUAUUUUCCUUUCUGACUGAAGUAAAGAUUCC